ACUCCGAACCCGGAAACCCGUCGCCGCCGGAGCGAUCCUGUAAGCCGGCGAUCUCUGCCGCCUUUAGAUUCCCUCAAUCGGCCGUGGUAAUCACUGUUGCAAUCAACCUCCAUUCGUCGCCUUUCGGUGAUCUCAAACGUCCGAGUCGAGCUACCUCAAGGUUGUUGAGUCAUCUCAAGCGGCAUACUUACAUAGCAAAGGGGACAAAGGCAUCAUUUGUCAUGAUCCCUGGCGACUCCGAACCCAGCAAAGCCGUCGCCGCCGGAGAGAUCCUGCAAGCCGGUGAGCUCUGCCGCCUUUAGAUUCCCUCAAUCGGCCGUGGUAAUCACUGUUGCAAUCAACCUCCAUUCGUCUCCUUUCGGUGAUCUCGAACGUCCGCCUUGAUCAAUGUGAUUAUCGUUGUCGUUGUCGAGAUUCGAUCGUCGUCGCUUAGGCUUCCGGUUCUAGUAGAAUUUCUCUCCUCUUGUCCCUCUCACCAUGACUACCACUUUUAUUUUUCUCUUAUUUUGCAGUACUGCCCAACAAUCAUGAUCUGCUACGCCGUCCGUGGAAGAGAGGGAGAGGAGCCAGCCGGCGGGCCAAGGAAUCCAUGGGGUAGUCGGAUGAGAACGAAUGAAGUUGCAGGAAAUAGAUUAUGGGGUAUGCUAGCUUCAAUGGUACGGAUGAUGCCGGAUUUGCUAGAUUAUGAGCAGAAGGAUGUUAAAACUUUUGUUUUAUGGGAAAAAGGAAUAACCAGUCUUGUUCUGGAGAAAUCCGUUAAGCUAUGAUAAGCAGGAGCAGCAAUUGGGUUUUUUCAGCAAUGGCUGGCAUGCAUUCAACCUGUUCCUUUGUGAGAGAUUCGAGAUAUCUGGUUUAAGAGUGAUAAGGCAGAAGUAACUUCAUGCAGACACCCCUCUUUCAUCUAAUUUGAGAGGAAUUUGACUGUAACUGAGGAUCUUCAUUGGAAGACUAGGUAACGUGAUCACUUUCAAGAGAUUGACUACCAGGAGAAAGAAAAGAUAUUUCGUCUCUGGAUCUUCUGAAUUUGAAGGCCAUGUUUGAAGCACCUCCUGCAAAGAACGUGGAGAUGACGGAGCUUCCAUCGGACCUCUUCAUGGAGAUACUAUCAUGGAUCCCGGCCAGGGCCCUCUUGAAACUCCGGUGUGUGUGCAAAUGCUGGUAUUCCAUAACAACAGACCUUGACUUCGUCCGACUGCAUCAGCAACAACAGCAACUCCUCCCUGAAGUUACUUCCAUCCUCACAUUUCACCGACACUUUACCAACGUUAGAUCUCUCUUGUCGCGCCUGGAUGUAGUUGAUGCACCGUGGGUUGCAAAGCAUGUCGCCGUCUGGCACAGCCGCCCACUGCUGGUCAUGUCACCUCCUUGCCAUGGAUUAUUUUGCCUCUACCACAUCUACAUGGAAUUGGAUGUUUGCUUGUACAACCCCGCCACCUGCAAAAGCUUCUCCUUACCGCAUAAUUUUACCAGUGUAAAUAUAAUUCUUUCGGACUUUUGCUUAGGAUAUCAUCCAGUUUCAAGACAGUACAAAGUUAUCCAUACGUUCUGCACCCGAUCGACCUCGUUGGCGAUGGAAGCACUCACUGUUGGUGGAAGUACAUGGAGGAAGGUGGAAGUGAGCAGCGCUCUUGCUAUGCUUACUUUGUUAAAUUGGGGAAGACCAAGUGCAACUGGAACUAUGUAUUGGCUUGCACAAAAGAACGUCCUGGAAGACAUUAUUCUCUCUCUUGAUCUAGACAAUGAAAGGCUCACACAAGUUCCUUUUCCAGAUAUUAAACGCCAACAUGGGAGAGGUAACAACUCAUUGAUAGAGAUGGAAGGCACCAUUCAUUUGGCUAUCCAUUGGUUCGCCAUGGUAGACUGGAUGGAUAUUUGGAUGCUGCAAGAGUCGGGUGCCCACCGAGUGUGGAUUCAUAGGUUUCAUCUCCAUCUGUGUGCAUUGCCGACGGGAGUUGGCCAGGUGGAGAGAGUUUUACGUCCUCCUAUGCCUCUUCUCAUAAACCAUGGCAAGAUUCUGAUAUGUGACUAUCGAAGAUUAGUUUACUACGAUCUGGUGAGCAAGGGCUUGCAGCAUGAGGAGGUAUUUCAUGCUUGUGAUGAUUUCAUUGCUUUUGUCAUCGUUGAAAGCCUUGUUUCAUUUUAGAAUUUGAUGCAUGACCAUUCAUAGCGCAUAGCUAUCUCUUGCUAGGGGUCCCUAUUGAUUCAUUUUCUUGGAAGUUCUUGCUAUGAAUCGGUUGCUGAAUUAAUUAUGAUGUUUUUUAUUGAUUUAAUUGUUAAGUAUAUGGAUCAUGUAAAUUUCUGGAUCAGUCAUCAUAAUUGGAUUCUCAUGACA